GUGCCAGGAUCGACUCUUGAACUGUAGCUUCCAUUUGGCAAGUCUGUAUGAGUGCUCGGUGAAUGGAAAGUGCUGGAAAAAAAAGGAAUUAACCUGUGGAGGCAAAAGGCAUACCCUCGUUAUACCUACUGUAGUGGGCUAGGGGCUCUCCUUUUAAAUUGUCCGACUUCCUCAGACUGAAAAUGCUCGGUCUAAAGCAUUUAGGGUCAAUCUGCGCCGGUGUCUCGCUCAUCAGACAAGGCGGGAAAGUGUCGAUCGGAAAUGGACAUUUGUACCGGAGAAGCCUGAUUCGGAUGAUGCGCACAAGCUCAGCACUCGCACAACAUCCACGUCAUCAGCACGUCUUCCUGGAGACGGAUCCAGAAAUGGACAGUAAGGGCUCAGGGUCUGGCCUGGAGGACCUCCUGUUUUACACAAUUACUCAAGGCGAGAAGAAAAUCUCAGUGGGACGCUUUAUCAGUGAACUGGAAAGCACAGGAUUAUUGACCUCUGACCCUCGACUGAGGGACUGCAUGCAACAGCUUCAUCAAGCAGUGCAUGAGUCUGCUGGGACAGCAAUGAUGGACCAAGAGCUCUUCAGAAAAUGUGCAAGCAGCAAUAUUGUCUUGCUCACACAAGCCUUCCAGAAGACUUUCAUCAUCCCAGAUUUUAUGACAUUUGCAUCCAAUAUUAACCAACUGUACUACAAUGCACAAAAUGAGCAAAGAGGCCAAGUAGCCAACUACAUUCCUCAACUUGCUAAGUUUAGUCCUGAUCUUUGGGGUGUGUCUUUGUGCACUGCUGAUGGUCAGAGGCAUUCUGUGGGAGACACAAGAGAACCAUUCUGUUUGCAGUCGUGCAUAAAGCCCCUUGAGUAUGCUCUGGCUGUUCAUGAAUUUGGGACUGAGCAUGUGCAUAAAUAUGUGGGAAAAGAGCCCAGUGGAGUCACAUUUAACAAAUUAAGUUUAAAUGAGGAAGAAAAACCUCAUAAUCCAAUGGUUAAUGCUGGGGCUAUAGUGAUCAGCUCUCUUCUAAAGCCUGGGUCCAUGAAAGCUGAGAAAUUCGAUUAUAUGAUGGAUUAUAUGAAGAGAAUGGCAGGUGGCGAGUAUGUGGGUUUCAGUAAUGCCACGUUUCAGUCAGAAAAAGAGACGGGUGAUAGAAACUUUGCAAUCGGUUAUUAUCUGAAGGAGAAAAAGUGUUUCCCCAAUAGUUCAGACAUGGUAUCAGCUCUUGAUUUCUACUUCCAGCUGUGUUCCAUUGAGGUUACCUGCGAGUCAGGGAGUGUCAUGGCUGCCACGCUAGCUAAUGGAGGAAUCUGUCCAAUCACAAGCGAGCGUGUGCUGAGUGCAGAGGCUGUGAGAAACACUCUCUGUCUCAUGCACUCCUGUGGCAUGAAUGACUUCUCUGGCCAGUUUGCGUUCCAUGUGGGCUUGCCAGCUAAGUCAGGAGUAUCUGGUGCUGUGCUUUUGGUAGUUCCUAAUAUCAUGGGAGUGAUGUGCUGGUCCCCACCAAUUGAUCGUGUGGGUAACAGUGUACGAGGCGUGCACUUCUGUCAGGAGUUGGUUUCCCUCUUUAACUUUCAUAAUUAUGAUAACCUAAGACACUUUGCCAAGAAACUGGAUCCUCGCAGACUGUCUGGGCAUGAAAGGAACAAGGCUGUAAUUGAGCUGAUGUUUGCCGCAUACAGUGGAGAUGUCUCAGCGCUCAGGAGGUUUGCUUUGUCAGCAGUGGAUAUGGAGUUGAGGGAUUAUGAUUCUCGGUCAGCUCUGCAUUUGGCUGCUGCAGAAGGUCAUCUGGAAGCUGUUAAGUUCUUAACAGGGACAUGCAGAGUGAAUCCUCACGUUAGGGACAGGUGGGGAAACACACCCCUGGAUGAUGCUGUGGAGUUUGGACAGGCCAGUGUGGUUGAGGUCUUAAAGGAAUAUCAGCGUAUUUACUCCCAUACUCUGAAGCCUGAGGAGAUCAGCACACAUGGCAACAGUAAGGCUGCACUGGAUGCAGACAAUCUGGGGAACAUGUAGACUCUGGAGGGGUUUGUGUGAGAUCACAUCAUGAAAUGCAUAAAGACGAUACAUUAUGAGUCUGCCAUUUAAAUGAAAGGUUUUAAAAAAAAACAGGUGUGUUGUUGAUACCAUGUGCUGUUUAGUGUCUGGCUUUUCAAAUUAGAUCGAACAGUAUGAAUUAACCCAGUUAUUAUUCAAUGUAUUAGACUAGAUCUUUAAAGCUUUGCUCAAUUCCUACUCUUUCCAGCAGUCAACUAUCUUGAGUAACGUAAUAAGACAUCAAGAGAUUAUUACAACACGACAGGUGUAAUGGGAGUAAAUAAUAUAUACAGUGAAUCAUUUAAUUAUAAAGAAUACAAAUUAUUUUCCAAAACAUGGGCACGUUUUAUUCUAUCAGCAAAAUUGUUUGCUACUGUAAAUAUUAAUUUUAGCACUUAAUAGUUCAUUUUAAAACCUUAAUUGAUAUAAUUUAAAGUAAAACUCAUGCAAUAAAUCUGUCAUAUGACAAUUUCACUUAUUUAAAAGAAUGUAACAGAUUAUGGUAUAAAGAAUGUAUUUUCUGUACUCUCAAGAGUUGUACAUUGUUGUAAAUAUGUGCAUAUUUUUGUGUAAAUUUAAUAAUACAGAAAGAUUGUAUAUAUAUUUUAAAAAUACAGUCUUUUAUUUAUCUAAAGCACUGUAUGUAGAGCGGAUUUUGGUCAAGAAUUUAAUUUUUGACUUUAUUUUGAUGGGCUACAUAUUGAUUGAAACCUAUAUACAGUCAAUACCAUGGAAACAAUUGAUUUUAUAGCAUCCAUAAUAAAUAAAUAACUGGCCAAACCAGGAUAAGCAGAAA